AUGAGCGCGUUCCGGAGUGAAAAUGAUAAGAAUAAUCUGCGCGAGCAUGCUUUGGCACUGGUACAUAUUCCGUUAUUCCUUUUCUCCUUUUCCCUUGGGAACGACAAAGUCCGAAUCGCGCCCGCGGAAACUACCGGUGAAAACGAUUUCAAAUACGAACAGUGGCCGAACGUGUGUGCAGUUGUGGUUGACAAGGGUAGCGGGCGCGGUUACGCGCAGAUAACUGGCGGUGGCGAAGAGGUGCAUGCUAUUUACACUGGCCGCGGAGAGACCGGCUAUGUCUUAGCAAACAUAUCCCAG